UACCGUGUAAACUUGUAAAAACAUGAAGCAAAUUUUCUUAGUUUUUUAAAAACGAAAUUGCAUUUUGUUGAGACCCACAAAUGGUACCGCCAUCGUCAUGAACAGCGCGUUGGUACGUACGUUUUUGUUGUGUGUGUUGCUGAGUGGUAGCGCGCGUCCAUGUGCAUUUCUUCGGCGGCAUGUUCGCGUACGUUCGUUUCCGCGACGACAACGAAAAGCGAAUCGUCCCAGUGGCUGCAUGUAAACACCUCAAGCCGAACGAUACGAGCGAUUUUAAUCCUCGCAAAUGGUACAAAGUCUUCUGGAAAGAUGAAACACACUGCGACCACUACCACGCUCAAGUGAUUAGGCCUUACGCUACCGAGGACGAUGCAGGGAAGGCUACCGAAAAACGAACUUCCAUUCCGCAAAGACCUGGCAGCGACUCCUCCUAUAGCUGCAGUUUUCUCCCCCCCCCUUUUUUUUUCACUCACACAUCCUACUGCCGCACGAUUCGUGGCCGAUCCCCCGUGGUGGGUUGUGCCAUUCCUCUAGGAUCAACCAACCAAUCAAAUGAAGUGGAUGGAUCGUUUGAAGAAAAAAAAACCUCGUUCUGUGCGAGGGCUGCAGCCGCAAGCCAGAACAACAAGUUGCGCCUUUGCCAUCGCCAUGUGCUGCCACGCACCACCACCAUGCAGCCGCCGCGCACCGCUACCGUGCAGCCACUGCGCACCACCACAGCGACCCCGGGCAGCCCUGAAGUGGCCCACACAAGUGCGAGGGAGGCCGAUUACGUGACCACUGACGGAGAGGUGCAUCUGGGCAAAGGAAUCACCAUUCCUGAGGGCCUGUACAGCCGCCUCAUGAGCACAAAAAGCGAAACCCGCUUUGUUCGUGAGGCGGCCGUUGCCAUUUAUUCAACGGCAGGCUUGGUUGGGCGGAGUGUAAUUGGAACAGCCUCUAACCGGACAAAGGGAGAGGCAAAACCUCCCUUGGAUAAAGAAAAAUACGCUGUGCUUUCUGAUUUCUUCAACCAUUUUUUGAAAAGCAUUUUCCAAUUGGAGAGGUCGAGCAAAGAAGAAGAUACUAAAUAA